AUGUUUACAGGUCUUGUUGAGACGAUUGGGACUGUCACGGCCUUGGAGCCCAUCGAUACCUCAUCGAGUGGGGGGGGGCGGGGAACGUCGCUCACCAUCUCCGACUGUGAGGAGAUCCUCACCGACGCACACCUGGGCGAUAGUAUCGCAGUGAAUGGAACAUGUCUUACGGUCACUGCAUUCGAUAAGACCUGGUUCAAGGUUGGCUGUGCGCCGGAGACGCUGCGACGCACCAACCUGGGUUCCUUGCAGGCGAAUUCACACGUGAACCUCGAGCGUGCCGUUUCAGCCGAUACUCGGAUGGGAGGACACUUCGUGCAAGGCCAUGUCGAUACCGUUGCGGAGAUUUUGUCUGUCACGCCGGAUGGGAACUCGUUGGUGUUCCGGCUGCAGCCGCGGGAUAGAGAUAUUCUGCGGUAUGUUGUGGAAAAGGGCUACGUGACCCUUGAUGGUGCUAGCUUGACUGUCACCAAAGUUGUCGAUGGGCAGGACGGAUACUGGGAGGUUAUGCUUAUUGCCUACACACAGGAGAAGGUGGUUACUGCGGCCAAAAAGCCGGGUGAUCUCGUCAACGUUGAGAUCGAUAUCGUGGGCAAGUACGUUGAGAAGAGCGUGCAGGGAUACUUUGCUGGUACCUCCGGCGGAGAUUUCGCCAUCUUGGAGAAGAUGGUGAACAGGAUCGUCGAUGAAAGGCUCAAGAAAUAG